AAAGCCACCUUUACUUUUUUCAAACCCUUUUGCCUAUAAACCCAAACACUCAUACCCUCAAUAACUUGAGUAUCCCAUUUAUUUGCUACACAUUUUAUCCCAAAUGGGUUGUUGCAUUAGCAAAUGCAAACCAAGAGUUCCACCUCAAUUUAAUCCCAUUGUACAAGACAAGCUUGUAAUUUCUCAGUCACCACCACAUACGCCGUCGUAUCCGCCAAUAUCUUCACCACGAAAGCGGAAAACCAUACAAUCUCCGCCUUCAACGACCACCUCGGCUUCCUUCGCAAGCUCUACACAAAUAAGCACUUGUGGAUCUUCUUCAUUGUCAUCAGUCUCUUCUUGUUCUUCCUCAGUAGCAUUUUCCAAAGUGGACAGGACAUUUUCUAAUGACUUUUUGCAGUCAUGUGCUUUAGAAAACCCUCAAAUAAUUGAUUUAGACCCCAUCAAGAAGAUUGGAGUGGUGAAGCAGAUAAGUCCAGGAACCACACAUAAACGGCCGCGUGCGAGCUCUCCAACGCUAACCCGACAGAAAAGCUUUCGAAUAGAGAAAGAAAGAUUGCCUUAUGGCAUUGUGAAUGGGAGAACUACCAUGACAUCCCCUUCUCCGAGUAGAAGACUCAAUGGGAAUACAAGUAACUACCAAAGACAACCAAUGUUGUCCUCAAUGAACACACACAAUGAGAGUAAUCGCGUCACAAAGACGUAUACAAGGCCAGCGAGCCCAAACCGUAAUGUGAUUAAUAAAGAAAGACCGAUGUAUGUGAAGAACAAAGAGAGAUUUGGGUAUGAAGUUGGUUCAAAAGUUGAAGUUAAAGAGGUGUUGUCUAGAUUGAGUUAUUCCGGGUCUGCUGCUACGGAGGAUCUUGAUAAUCCUCACAUUGCUUUGGAUUGCUUCAUUUUUCUUUAAAAAUAAAGAAACAUUAUAGUUUGUUAAUAGGAUAUAUUUUUAUUUCUUUCUUAUUUUUGUGUGUUUUAACAUUUGGAUUCCUAGUUUUUGAAUGUCUGAAAUGUGAGAAUUGAAGUUUGACUAGAUGUACAAGUUACAUCAUUGCAAAAA